AUGCUGUUCUCUUCUCUCGCCGCACUCACCGCUCUCUUCGCUGCUACCCCUGCGCUCGCAGAGGACGUAACGAUCGACCGUUCGAUCCAGCUCAAGGGUACCAACUUCUGCCUGGACAACACGGAGGGUCGACUCGAGGACGGUAACAAGCUGCAGAUCUACGAGUGCUGGAACGAAGACAAGGACCAGAAGUGGAUCUGGGAGCAGGCCGAGGUAUACAAGGACAUCCCCCUUUACCACAUCCGUCUCGACGGUACCGACAAGUGUGUCGCCUUCAAGCGUCCCAAGAGGGGCUCUGCCGCUGGCGCCUCUGUCGUGCUUGCCGCCUGUGACUCGGACCUCAUGACCUACUACACCAAGUGGCGCUGGGACAAAGACUGGAUCUGCUCUGGUCUCGGCCGCUGCAUGGGUGUCCAGGCUCAGGAGCCCGUCAACGGAGCCACCCUCGGUAUGAGCACUACUGGCAACGCCGAGUGGGUUACUCCCAACCAAGGCGAUGCAAGCAGUAAACCCAUGCCACUUCAGAGCUCACGGUCUUCCCUGGUGUACCUCCAGUCCCCCAGCGAGAUCAGUCCGUUAAUGGCCUCCAUGUCGUCAGUCAAGACCUGCCCAUCGCUCAGCACUCCUCAAACACGAUCCGCGGUGACCCCUCGCGGAAUCGAACCCACGUCAUUCGCUGCACUUUCGAGAGCGGGAGCAAAGUCACUGCUCAACGGCGCAGAUCCACCCUCAACGCUACGCAACCGACCUUCGACCAUCGCCAACCAGCUCGCCCGGACGCGCUCAUGCGACCAUGAGGAUCCACGAGCUGCUCGAGGCUUGCCUCGAAUACAUCGUGUGCGACGGUGUGCUAGGGUUCGAACCUCAUCUUCCACCCUUAUCCUUAUCGCAGGUGGAGGCAGCGAUGUCAUCAUUGUUGUUGUUGUGGUCAGGUUCGGGGCAGAGAGGUGCGGAUGCGAGGGCCUCAGUGGUGUGGAUGGGGCCGGUUCAGACCCUGCCCUCCUUCGCGCCCAUAUCCAGAAACUCGACCCGGCCAUCGACGAUGACUACUUUGCGCACCUGUGGCAGCUGCUCGUGCGCAAGCCUAAUGUCGAGGUUGUCGUCGCAGAAGAUGACGAGGAAGGUGACCUCCGACCUGUCGGAGAAGACGAAGAGUUCCCGGCACGCAAUCUGGCUGGCCUCCUUCUCAAGUACCCUCGCGUGCGCGUGAGGGGGUCAGAUGAUGAGAUCUACUAUCGCCUGACCGGCUCCCGUAAACGAAUCACGCCGAUGAUUUUCAACUUCCUUCAGGUGGCGGCACGCAGUCGCGCUGCAGGUAUGAGUGCCGUCGAACUCGGCCCGCUCUUUGGGUGCAACCAAAAGAGUGUGUUCCACUACAUGAAGGUCCUGAUCCAGCUCGGAUUGUGUGCCAAGGUGCCCGCGUCGCUGAACGGCUCCUCGACGAGUUUGCUUGUGUACCGCCGCUUCCUGGAGCAGAACCCGCAAUACCGCGCACACAAGCGCCUCGAUGAAGUCGACGUUAAGAACGAAGUGGCGGACGAGGAAGACGGCUCUGCGGCGCCGGAAGCAGGCGUCGAUGGACAGUCGCUCGGGUUCGAUUUCCAGCCCUUCUCGGAAGCGGAACUCGCUGCGGGCCACAUCCCGAAGGAGCGCCUGCUCAAGGUCCUCGAGAGCCCGGGGUUGCGCAAUCAUCUCCUUGGCAAUCAUAAUCUCCUCCAAGUGCUGGGAUGGCCUGCCGACGACUGGCUCACAAGACACCGCCGCCAGUUGCAGCGUCACAUCGCGACGCUUGUCAAUGACGAUAUCGUGGAGUAUGUCGAUGUAGGCAACGCUCAGAGGGCAUGUCUUCGUCUGACGAAAUACAACCCGGAUUUCAAGCCCAAGGAGAAGGAUGACUCCGAUGACAUUGAGGAAGUUAACGAGGUCCCUUUGAACAUCGACGACUAUGCGCAGCCGUAUCAGUAUCAAGGCACAGCGAAAAUGCUCCAGCCCGUCGAGGGCCAGUUCAACUACCAACUCCAGGAGGCAAGGGAUCAAGGUGCAACGCUGGCUGAGCUGUCGGAUCGCGUGUCUGGCAUCUUCAAGCGCACGCUCGAGUUCUACGUGAACCGCCAGGAUCAGAUCUAUUUGCCCGCUCACUUGCGCCACCGCGCCAUCCGCCUUGUCAUGGAGUCUGCGCACCGCGAGCGUCGAUUGCGAUGCUACAAUAACGAUGGAUACAUCGAGCUCAUGGCCCGUCUCGGUGCCCCGCUCCCCGAUGUGCAGAUGUCUACCGGGUCCGGAGGGUUUGCGGACACGUCCAUGCGCCAGAUCGCAGAGAAUCCGGCCUCUUUCAUCUCGGAGAUGGAGGUGCUCGCCGCCAACGUCGUACCUGUAGGCGGUGGUGGUGGUCCGAAGAAGGGUCGUCCAUCUCUCAGUUCCACGCCGCGCAGAAUUGGUCGUCCCCCGAAGGGCAGGACACCGAAGGAGAAGAAGACGCCGAAAGAGAAGACGCCCAAGACCAAGGUGAACAGGUACGAGAACACGGUGCAGAAGCGCGGCCGCCCGCGCAAGUACGUCAUCAUCGUGAACACCGACGGCACUCGUAACAGGAAUGUCGUUGGCAAUCUCCCCACAUCGCCUGACUACCCCGAGGUCUUGAUUUACCUCAAGGACCUCGACAUUCUCGUGCCCGCGCCCCCUAGCUACGACGGCGUGGGUGUUCCACCCCCUGUAACCCAAACGGAGAUCGACCUGGGGAAGACCAUCGACUUCUACCGCCAGUUCGCACCUCCGCGCCCCAACGGACACAUGUACAAAGGUGCCAAGAAAAAGACGCCGAGAAAGGCGGCCAGCAAGAAGAAGGCGGACGAGGACGAGGACGAAGAAGCAGGCGACGAGCCAGAACCUGAGGAAGGCGCUGCAGACCCCGACGAGACGGUGGCUGCUGCUGAGAUCGCCGCUGCUGAGGUCAUCGCCGCCAAGAUUGCUGAAGAGGAGUCAGGCAAGAAGGGGAGUGCCGACUUCGAAGGCGAGGAAGAGGUUGAAGAUGAGGAGGUCGAGCAGGAGAUCGACUCGCUCGCACCAGCCGCGCAAAGUGAAGAAACCACCGACGGCGAGCUCGCUCCGCCGACGAAGCGACGGCGAGUUCGCUCUUCGUUGGCGAACGAGAUCCUGCCUGAUGAAGAGGAGGUCGCUGCUACGGCUCAAGAAGCAGAAGCGCUCGCAGCCGGCCCCUCUACUUCUGAGACUCAGGCUGACCUUGCACCGACCCCGACACGCAAGACCCCCGCUCGCGGACGGAAACGCGCUAACGUCGAUCUCCUGUCCGCCCCGUCAACGCCCAUCGACACCCCCACGAAGCGCCCGCGGCGCGGCCGUUCUGCUAAGGAGCCGGAACCGGAGCCACCCGCGGAGUCUCAGCUUCCAGCGCCGGCUUAG